AUGUCGGCACCAGCCUUGGCCGAAGACAAGUUCCCCCGUAUAUUCAAUUACACACACCUAAUCAUACAGCACAUAGCUGUCUGUGGACCAGUAACGUUGUGCGACUCGUCGUUUUUGACAUCUCUAAACUUACCGCUGCGAGGGUACCCCCAGAGAACAGGGUGUCCUAAAUGUAACUGCAAGUCGAGUUGCUUAUUACAGAAUUCAAGAUAUCCAUGCUGUCCUGAUUUCUUUUUCAGGUAUGGCGCACCAUUUUGUCAAUCUGUAGAAGCGACAGAUAAUAAAAUCAAUGAUUAUUUUUUCAGUUUAAUUGAUUCUUGUCCCGCAGAAGCUGACAACAAGUUGAUUGAGGAAUGUUCUAAAACACGAACGCCCGCGGAACGGUUACUUUUGCCACCUGUUGCAAGCAGACAACAUAAUGUGUUAUUUUUGAACAGAUAUUGCGCAGAUUGCCACAACAUUUCCAAUGUUCAAUCCUGGAGUUUGUUUUUCGAAUGUAAAAAUCCAAUCGAUUUCAACUACUUGUCUUCGUACGAGGAAAUAACUGAGACGGCUGAUAAACAGGGUUGUUCUAUAGCUUUUCGGGGUACUGAAGGUAGGGUGUGUGCUCCUGAGCACCACAAGGACUUAAUCUCCCAAUGUAACGUCACCGGAAAUUGGGAAAAUUACGACUUCUCAAUUGACAGUGCGUGCAGAAGUACUCUGAAUUCUGUUUAUAAAAACGUCUUUAAAAACGUCUUCUGCUACAUGUGCAAUCCCCCACAGCUCGCACCGCGUCAUCCGCCCAAAGUUUCCCAUUGUCAAGAUGAAAAGUCGCCAUUACAAACAUUGUGCGAUUUCUUUCCAAGGACGAACACUUUUUCACCAUACAAAAAUAUAUUCUGUUUGUUAUGCAGCGAUGCGCCAGGCGAGGAAUACCGAGUAACGAACACAUUCAGAAGAACGGCAGAUUCCACAGAAGUGAAGCAUGCUAUCACCGUCAAUCCGAUAAUUGUCAAACAACAUUACAAACGCUGGGAGACGAGCAAAGCAGUCGAGUUUAAAACAAAUAGCAUUACGAAUGAAGUCAUACCACUGUCAAAAACAAUUAACAUUACUCAUGUUGCCAUCAAAAGUUUUGCGUUUUCUGGAUUAAAGCUGUGUAAUUCUAGAAUUCUCUCGGAAGACGUGAUGAAUCUGGGAAGUUCGUGUUCCUGUGAAAUCGGUUGUACGAUGUCUUGUUGUGUAGAUCAUGCACUGAUACAUCAUGACGUCACUUCCUGUAUCAACAGCGAUUAUCCACCAGGAUUGAAUGAAAAUGGCGGAGUUUCCGUUAUAGAUAAAUGUAUUUCAAGCAGGGCAAAUCAAUACCACGCUGUUCAUUGCGAUACUCGUGCUCUUGAUGAUACUGAUUUACUUCACGCAUUGCCCGUGACUGACAGUCAAAAUGGUAGAUCAUACAAAAAUAUGUUCUGUUUUUUGUGUAAUGUAGAAAAGAGGACACCGAAUGAAAGGUCUGUUCGAGACUUGAUACAAUCAAGAGUUUCGCCAUGGAAGCUACUUGUUUUCUGCAAAGAAUUCGUCAAUCCGGAUUAUUUUCCAACAUUGGAUGACUUUAUUAUAAUUUUGAAAUCAAUGAAAUGCAAAUUCAAUAUAAAGGCAGAUCCAUUAACCAGACUAGAUAGAUGUGACAACAGAGAGGCGGAAGUGAGUAUUUGUAACACAACUGGGUUAUGGGUCGAGGAAGACAUUGAUAUCAAACGAUCCUGCGAGGAGACAAAACAUGGAAGUUUAUCACGGACUGGCCCAAUAGGAAAAUAUAAAAAUAUAUUUUGUCAGAUGUGUAACCCCGUAGCGACAGUCGCUGAUCAUAUCAUUGAUUUUUGUAGGAUGUUUACUCCAUUUUCAGAGGUAGAAGCGUGCAAGGGAUUACCUUACGUGCAGAUGUCUUCCAGAUACAGAAAUCAUUUUUGUGCGAUUUGUAAUAACGAUGACACUUCCAGAUCACUGGGAGAUAAAGUUAGUCGUCAUAAGAGCUUUUUAGCACCAUCAGACAUAGAAGGAGACGGAGAGCAGACGAUUGCUGAGAUACGUUAUUUCAGGACAAUGUUUGCGCUCAGCGUAUACGACAAACAUCCUCCACGGCGGUCAGAGAGGUCUUGUCUUGCUGAUCAACAGCUAAAUGAAUUCCAGUUAUAUGGUGGCGCCCAGUUUUUAUUGGAGGAAGAGAGAUCCCGGAUACAAUGUACCUGGGAAGAGACCACCGACCUUCCGAAAGUAAACUGGGAAACUUUUUCACUUACCGGCGCGAGCGGGAUUCGAGCCCGCGCCGACAGAGGGUGAAUGCAUGAACAAAACGUGUUUUCCUGGAAAGAUACUGAAGAAUAACUCGUGUGUCCCUCUGCUUGAGCAGACAAGGAACUUGCGAUACGUUCUGUACUUUUGGAUAAAUCACGCAGGAAACAGAUAUAUCCCGC